GCCUCUCUCCAUGUGCUGGUGGAGUAGUUUCACCAGCUCUGAGCUGAAGAAUGCAGCCCCCAGCUGCUCACUGGGUAUAACGUUGUGGGGUUUGUUAAGGAAGAAGGUUUGAGGCUGCUUUGAGAGCAUCUUACAGCUUCCCUGGUGUAUUUUCCUGCCUGACAAGCUCUUGUUUACAAGCUGGAGAGCAAAGAAAGCCCUGAAGAAUCAAAAAUUGUGAAAAUUUGAGUCUGCUGGUGUUACCUGCUCUGUUUGCUGCCUGAGGAUCUCUGCCAUGGGGUUCAGUUGUGGCUUUAAGAGCUGCUGCUUCAUGACUUGGUCCUUAAAUUCAAGCCUGGAGUGAGUCAAGUGACUUUCCACCCCUAGGACAAGAUUUUCUUCCCUUUAAUGCUCCAGGAUAAAGUGUCAAAAUUGUUCCCCAGUUGGAUCAGCGUUACCCAUUCCCUGCUUGUGUGGGCAAUGACUACAGCAGAGAGGGGCAGCAUCAAUCAGAAAUGGUCCAGGCAGCCCCUGAGCCUUUCCUCCAGGAUUGUGAGGGAGAAAGGGAAAAGCUCCCCAAGCAUCAAGCGCUUUCCAGCCACAUGUGCGUAAAAAUCUCUUCCCGUGCCACGUGACCGAGGAAGAGGCACAGAUCCAUUACACAAUAAUAAAAAUAUGCCUUUGGCAACGUGGAGCCAAAGUGGAGCUGCUGCAGGGAGCUCAAACUACGCACGAGAAGGAGUAAAACAGGAAUAAAAAGGACCAGAGUCAAUCCUGCACAGCCCUCCCAGGACCUGCUGUGGCAGGACGGGGCUGGGAUCUGCAGCAAAACAUCUGCCUGAAGCCCUGGGGGCUGCCAGCGCCUGUCAGGAUCUCACUGAGAUCAGGCUGGCUGUGCCAUGAUCUCCGCUGUGCUGCUCCUCUGGACUGUGCCCUGCGUGGCAAACCACAUCCUGGGGGGCUUUGCCAAGCGGGAGCUGCAGGAGGGUGCCCAGCUGGCCUGCAGCCUGCCCGGACCCCCGGGGCCCCCCGGGCCCCCCGGCGCGCCCGGCACUCCCGGCACCGUGGGCAGGAUGGGCUUCCCAGGCAAGGAUGGCAAGGACGGCCAGGACGGGGACAAAGGCGAGCACGGCGAUGAAGGUCCCCAGGGCAGAACAGGAAACCCUGGCAAGCCAGGCCCGAAGGGGAAAGCAGGAGCCAUUGGCAAGGCAGGGCCCCGGGGGCCCAAGGGUUUCAAGGGCAAUCCCGGGAAAAGCGGGGCCCCGGGGAAGAAAGGGCCCAAAGGGAGCAAGGGUGAGCCCGGGCUGCCGGGACCCUGCAGCUGCGCUGGCAGCAAGGCCAGGUCUGCCUUCUCCGUGGCCGUGUCCACCAGCUACCCCAGGGAGAGGCUGCCCAUCAAGUUCGACAGGAUCCUGAUGAACGAGGGAGGGCAUUACAACGCUUCCAGUGGGAAGUUCAUCUGCAGCAUCCCAGGGAUUUACUACUUCACCUACGACAUCACUUUGGCCAACAAGCACCUGGCCAUUGGCCUGGUCCACAACGGCCAGUACCGCAUCAAGACUUUUGAUGCCAACACUGGGAACCACGACGUGGCCUCUGGAUCGACCAUCCUGGCGCUGAAGCAGGAGGAUGAGGUGUGGCUGCAAAUCUUUUACUCAGAGCAAAAUGGGCUCUUUUAUGAUCCCUACUGGACAGACAGCUUAUUUACUGGAUUCUUGAUUUAUCCUGACCAAGAUUAUCUCAAUGAAGUGUAGGGGGAGAAACUAUGGGAAAAAAAUAGGAAAUGGGCCUCAAUCCAACAAAGUGUGGCCUUACGUGGGACAUGUCUGGGAUUAUCAGAUGUUUCCACUUUUGCCUAUGGGAUUAUCAGCUGAUUGCACCCUGUAUGGGCUAUUUAGACUUUUCCACAGGGUACCAGGCUUUCAGCAGCCUCAUGAAUGUCUCCAUCCCAAAGCCACCCGUUAUGUAUUCCAUGAUUAUUCCAACUUGCCAUGGACAUGUAACUCAAAUACUGGUGCAGAAUGCUUUGGUUAUUGCAUUGUUACAAUAAAGCAUGGAAACCAACA